CUGCUAUUCACUCUCGUGUCAACAUUCAUGCUCCGUACUCCCACGGAAAGCACACACCGGUGUUUGCUCCUGCUCUCGUUUUCAUUCAUUUCCGCUCAAUCCAUCAUCCAGACAUGCCUCUUUCUCUCCCGCUUUAUUCGUACGUGAAGGUACGGUUCGUCCGUCGCGUUCGGCGAUUCCUGCGCUCAAAAUCAUCGCGAAAGCGAUUCCGUACGUCGUCUGAUCCAUCGGAUGUUUCGAGUCCCGGAGUUAGGCAAAGAGAUGAGAGUUUUAUCCGGGAGUAUGAUCGCGCCUCCGUGUUGCAGAGGACAGUGAAGAGUCUCCACUUCGGCGAUGGAGAGGAGAAAGAGAGAGCAGCGAAGGAAAUUGAGAGGUUGAUUAAAGAGAGCGUGAAGAUUAGAAAGCUGAUGGUGGAUCUUGGAGUCGUACCUGCUUUGGUGGCGAUGGCGGAUUCUGAUCAGUUGGCGGUUAGAGCGUUGAUUGAGCUUGCUAAUGGUAGUUUCGUGCACAGGACACUAAUGGUGGAGGAAGGGAUCUUAUCAAAGCUACCAAAGAACGCCAAAUUUGCAGCAAUGGACUCAACCAGCCAUGAAUUCGCAGAACUUUUAUGUUCACUUUCUUCUCUGGCCAACACUCGGGUGUUCAUUGCUUCAACAGAACCAGCUAUUUUAUAUCUCUUAACCAUACUCAAUUCAGAAUCCAACCCAAACACGAACCCCAGCCCCAAAACCAAAACAUUUUGUUUGGCAGCUUUAUUCAACAUUUCCACCGUCCUAGAGAAUGCAGAAACCUUAAUCUCCAAUGGUGUUAUUCCAACGCUACUCAGAUUCUCUUCUCUCAAAGAACAUUCCGAGAAAGCCCUACCAACACUAGCAAACUUGGCAGUGAGCUCAAGAGGAAAGCAAGCUCUGGAAAGCAACUCAACGUUCCCAGAGAUUUUGAUAGAGGUCAUGACAUGGGAAGAGAAGCCCAAAUGCCAAGAACUCUCAGCUUACAUCAUAAUGAUUCUUGCCCAUCAAAGCUGGGCGUUAAGAGAGAGAUUGGCCAAGUCCAGGAUCGUCCCUGCACUGCUAGAAUUAGCCCUUUUAGGGACCCCAUUGGCUCAAAAGCGAGCUUUGAAAUUGCUGCAAUGGUUUAAAGACGAGAGACAGGCGAGAGUGGGGCCGCAUUCAGGGCCUCAGACAGGAAGAGUUGCAGCAGGCUCAGCAUUUAAUAAAAAAGAGAUUGAGAAAGGGAAGAGAAUGAUGAGAAGCCUGGUGAAGCAGAGUCUGGAUAAGAAUAUGGAGAUAAUAACUCGACGAGCCAAUGGAGGGGAAUGUUCUAGUCCAACCAUUAGAAGAACCUUGGUUUCCAGCAAUAGUUCCAAGAGUUUGCCCUUUUGAAGAAAUACAUUUAUGAAGUAUUAUCUGCCCGUCUGUAAUUUAUUGUCAUCUUCUGCAGGUCACCAAAUCCAGAAAAUGGAAAAACUGAACCUCACAGUUGAAACUGCAUUGAGGGCUUAAACCACUUUGUCCAUUGCCGAA